CCGGCCGCGAUCACCUCGCAGCAGCCUGCGGCGGCGGCGGCGGGCGGCAGGAAGAAGCGUGCGGUCAAUGCCGACGACCCGUCAGGGGAGCUACGGCAAGCCGGCCAGCAGCAGCCGGCGGCGGCGCCGGCAUCAUCAGCGUGGCCGCGGCGGCUUCCGGCUGGGCCUGCUGCUCCGCCUCCGCGUGCGGCUCUCCGGCCUCCUCGGCCUGCUCGCCCGGAGCGUGGAGGAGCUCCGGUGCUGCCCCGGCGUCAGCAGGAUCAGCUGCUCGACGGUGGCGGCGGCGGCGAGAUCAGCGCGUAGCAGAGCGCCGUCGUCGUCGUCGUCGGCGGCGGCGGCGCUUUGCGGCGGGCCGCACGGCCGCCGAGCCGCGCCGGCGGUGAGGGACCAGAGCUCGUUCUACGCGGAGGCCAUCGCCGACUGCCUCGAGUUCAUCAAGAGCAGAUCAUAAAUGAUUUGUCAAAUUAGCUUCUUUUAUGUACAAUUUCUCCCCCCCCCCCCCUUUUUUCACCUUAAUUUGCUACUCCCCCGUUUUAAAAUGUUUGACACCGUUGACUUUUUAGUAUGUGUUUGACUAUUCGUCUUAUUCAAAAAAUUUAAGUAAUUAUUUAUUAUUUUCAUAUCAUUUGAUUUAUCGUUAAAUAUACUUUCAUGUAUUUUACAAAAAAAAUUUAAUAAAACGAACGGUCAAACAUGUGCUAAAAAGUCAAUGAUGUUAAACAUUUUGAAACGGAGGGAAUAUUUGAUUUAUUCGUAGCAUUCUUAACAAGUGUAAUGUACAUAGUGUUCUACUACUAGUAUACAUAGAAAGCUUGAUAUUUUUUUAGGGUGUGGCUGUUCAUUUUGUGUUCUUCAGAAGAGCAAAAAGCUUUGCACAUGGGCGCUAAAAUUGUUCGAAUUCUACUACUAGUAUACAUAGAAAGCUUGAUAUUUUUUUAGGGUGUGGCUGUUCAUUUUGUGUUCUUCAGAAGAGCAAAAAGCUUUGCACAUGGGCGCUAAAAUUGUUCGAAUUUCAACGAAGAAUUAGGUGAACUUUUGCUUGCAAUGAGCCAAUGACCAAUAGUGAUUGUUCGAGUAUCCAACCGGUGCUUUUGUCCUACCAGAGUCCCUAGUCCCUACGGAGAGUACAAAAUUUUGAAAUAGGAUAGGCAGUUAGAACA